UAUCAAUGCAUUUGAACAAUACCUCGGAAUCAAGAUGAUCAAAGCAGAAGAUGAAAUUAAGGAAGCAGAUGCCAGAAUGUUUGCUGUGGACUAUUGCAUGACAAAGGAGUGUGACUACCUGCUGUCAGUAGACAGUUUUGCUCACCUGGACAAUCCCAACACUCUCAAGGCUCUUAUCAAGCUCAACAGGUUAGCCCUCUCAGAUUUUAAUAUUACUUUGAUACCUUUACCUCUAGAUGUGCUAAUAAUUAUCAUAUUGUUGUCUGUUAAGUGUUUUUCAUGUUAAAUGUCAAUCCAAAUC